UGGGGCCUCCGUGUAAAAAGUAUUUAAAGUGACAAAGUUAUAAUAAUUUUUCAUUCAAUUCCAAACAUUCAGAGAUGAAUACUUUACUUUGGACUUUGCUGGCCUCAGCUCUGUGUAUUAUUUACACUGAGGGAGCCGAAGAUGAGAUUGGGAUAACCUUUAAUGACACUGAGGUUCCCGUAGAUGCGAUGAAGAAAGGCUUCCCGUGUUGUGCGACCUGUGAGGAGAAAGGAGGAGUGUGCUCUACUAGCAAACCUAAAGACGGAUACCAGAUUAUUGACAAAUGUGUCGGAUAUAAAGAUGGAGCUAAGACCUACUGUGGAUACUGCUGGAAAUAUCCAGUAGAUGUGCCAUGUGAAGAUCCCUGCAAGGUGACUUUCUUCAUUGAUUAAAAGGAGUGCUUUUAA